GAGAAUCCCAUGCUCUAUGCUUUAAGAAGCUGACCUUGCACCCUCGGACUCGCACCCGCGCUCGACGCCCUCCUCGAACAUGUAUUUAACGAUCUUUAUCAUUACAUUCGCUUCGUACGUUACUUGGGCAUACGUCAAGGACAAAAGGAAAAGAGUGCUAGGCCCUAGCCUGCCAGGCCCCAAAGGUUGGCCGCUCAUCGGCUCGGUGCUCGACGUUCCUGAAAAGAAUGCGUUCAUUAAGUUUGCGGAUUGGGGAAAGGAAUACGGCGAUAUCUAUCAAGUCAAGCUUCUCAGGCAGAACCACGUCUGGAUUUCGUCGAGCAAAAUCGCUCGGGAACUACUGCUGAAGAAACGACACCUUUAUUCAGAUCGUCCGCACAUCCCAGCGCUCCUUGCCGAUAACCGCACUUCUGCAAAAUACCUUCCCUUGCUAAGCGUAAAUGCUGCGUGGGAUCGCCAAAGAAAGUUUACUGCCAGCAUCAUGCUAGAGUCCAAAAGGGCUCACUUCCAGCUUUACCCCGAGCUUGAAUCCAUUCGCAUGCUCUCGGAGCUUCUGGACGCCCCCGAGCGGUACAAUCACGCUCUGGAAUCAUAUGUUGCUCGGGUUACCUGCCGCUUGGCUUGGGGCCGCAGCGAAGCCAGUGAAGAACUCAAACAACGUGCUCGCGAGCUCCUCAUCAGCGUCUCUCCCACCGGCCAUUUGGGCAACAAGCUCCCAUUUAUAAUGAAGCUUCCCGACUUCCUCUCGCCACCGAAGGCCUGGGAGCGACGGCGCGCUCUGACUGAACGGGCAUGGUUCGUGAUGAUGGAGGAACAGGUGAGGCAAGACUUGCAAGACAACAAGGCGCCACCAUCGUGGAUGCGGACCUAUUUGGCGUCCGAUAAAUGGCGUCAGCUCGUUUCCUAUGCUGAAGAAGGCGCAUAUAUGGUUGGUAUGAAUGGCAUCGCUGGUGCGCUGACCAUCGCUGCGCCCAUGCAGACGUUUUGCCUUGCCAUGCUCCACCACCCGCAAUAUCUAUCCAAGUUGCACGAAGAACUCGACCGAAUCUGUGGGCACCGGCUUCCUCGUGCAGAAGACCGGCCCCAUCUGCCUUACCUUCGCGCCUGCAUUCGAGAAUGUUUUCGCUGGCGGCCGGCAGUCCCGACCGGAAUUCCCCACUACUUGAGUGAGGACGAUGAGUACAAUGGCUACCAUAUCCCGAAAGGCAGCGUGAUGCACGCUCUUGAGUGGGCCAUAUCGCGUGAAAAGACAAUGUUCAAAGAGGGGGAAGACCCGGAAGCCUUCAAUCCCGACCGCUGGGUCGACCCAACCUCGCCUUGCUACAAAGACGACUUGACGAAAUUUCCGACCAUUAUGAGCGCCACCCAAUUUGGCUUCGGAGACAGGAUCUGUCAGGGUCAGCAGGUCACGGAUGACGACCUGCUCGUCGGUCUCGGCUCCCUUGCCUGGCUGUUCAAUAUCAAGCCUAUCCCCGGAAAAGAGGAGCAGCAUUCCGGCUAUGGAACCGUGCUAAAUCAGGGCUUACCCACGCCUCCUGUUUCGGAGACGGGCGAGGUAAGCUCUGAUGAAGACGAGCCGAAUGUGGAACCCCCAAAGCACAGGGAAACGGAGGGCCAGGAACAGGAUCUGAAGCGCAAAGGCUUCUUGAAAUCGUGGCUCGGGCGUCUAUGGGCUCCCAAACCACCGGAGUUGCCCAUCGAUCCGACUCUGGACUAUACGACUCUGCUCAUCGCCAAACCAUUGCCUUUCAAGUUUGUGCUCGAGCCCAGGGACUCAUGGCGUGUGGACAAGGUGCGCCAAUGGUUCGCCGAAAAGGACGCAGAAGGGUUGUACCCGCCCAGCAAGUCGUACUGGGGCCCUAAUGAGGGGCGAACCGAGAAGUUGGGUUGGAACCCUGUGUAAUGGGCCGCGCCGUGUUCCUGGACGGGGGAAUCGAGGUGGUCGUGGGAGUCGGCGUCUUUCGAAUCAAGUCGGUGAGCGGAGACGCCGAAUGACCGGGUGAAGGGCAGAAACGUUGUACGGAACGUGGCUGGGGAUCCGAGAGACAG